AUGAAGCGAUCCUUCUCAGACGGUGUGGAGGAAGCAGCCAAACUUCUGGAGCCAGCCGUGAAGUUGCUCAAAGAAAAUUUGGAAAAUGAUGAUGAGGUUCAAGAAGGGCAAGAAGAAUUGGUGAAUUUGGGAUCCGAAUCCAUCCCUUCCCCUGCCUCAUCCGGCACCACUCCUGAGACGGCGGAACCCAUCCAGAUGCCCAAAUACAUGGCGCCCAAUGUAGCACGNGAAUUUCAUCGUCCGCGAUUCUCNGCCUCACCUGCACGACAAGAUCUCUUCUUACAUGUGACCAUCUCUGCGAGAUCUCUUUGUUUCAUUAUUCAUUUAAAGAUAAAGUGCGGAAACCUCAUUGGCCGUCUCCAUACUGAACUAUUCAUCUGUCCAGGGAUUCGUGAGCAAUGCAUUGAGAUUGCGGGUUGUUCGCAGCUGUUGACCCCGGUUGAGUUCACUAUCAGAGCCGAGAAAAGUAAACAGAAAGAUUGGAAGGGAUCCAUUAAGCAUAAUGGAAGAAUGUUGAGAACUCUGAUGGAAGAUAAGCAGCUAGACUUUUAUAACCACGAGGAACACUGCUCCUUCAAAUGCCACUCUCGAAACUAUAUCACAAAGAACGGAGGAACCCAAUCAAAGGAUGUUGUUCGUGUGAAAGAAGCUCCGCAGAGGAGACAUUCUAUUGCUGCUGUUCCUAUCGUGCCACCUCAAACAUUUAUCAAUCAAUUUUUGCAGGAAGGAAUGAUCAAUCCCGAGUUGUUAUCCAUAUUGCAAGCCCACUGCAAUGCUGAAAAUCAAAAGAGACUAGAAGAAGCUGAACGUCAAAGACUCCAGAAGCAACACGCUAUCAAGAAUCUAUUGCGUAAUGAUCCCGUCACAUUCUGGAAGCAAAUUAUGCUCUCCAAACUUCCCGCAAUGGUUUUCUCCAAAAUAUCUAACGAGUUUGGAAUCAUUGCUCAAAAUUUGAGCUACGGAACUGAAAUUGCUUCAAAUGCCCAAAAACUGCUUCAAAUGAUCCAAGCCUUUAAUUUGGAGGAUGCUUUGUGUCGGGAAAUGUGUGGAGAGUUCAUUCUUCCAACAUCUAAUGUCGUUCCGCUGCUCCCACUUUUGGCUACCUCUCCAAUCUUAGCCACGCCCCCUGUUCCAACCCAAAAGGCUUCUGUCCCUGUCCCAUCGAAAGAAAUUCAACCAAUUCUUCCAAUCCAAAAUCCCCAAAUUUCAUUUUUCAACAAUAACAACAAUCAUGUACUCACUUCUUCUGAAAAAUUGGAGAUGAUGCUCCAAAGCAUGCAUAACUAG